CUAAAACUGAAUAAUUAUUAAGAAUUUCAAAAAUAUGAGUAAUUCCAGACUGAACUAUUAUGACUAUAUCUCUGAUGAAGAGGAGGAGGAUACAAAAUAUGAGACAACAAAUGAGAUAAGUGAGCUAUCCUCUAAACAUCACUACGACCGAGGACCUGACAGCGAGAAAGAGAAUGAAUCAGUUGGGAACAUCCGCAAAAUAAUUAAAAAGGGCAAAUAACAUCCUGAUUCUGGAAGAUAAUUACUUUUUGACAAUGACCUCCAGCCUUGAUGAGAUCAGGAUGAAGGGAGACCAAGUUAUUGUUUCUAAUGAUACAGCACAGGAUAAAAGGUCUCUCAUUCGAAACAAGAUUAAGGACUUUGACUGAACUGAUGACAUGCUAGUGAUCUGCUCUUUCUCUGGCGGUUUACUUUAUGCAAAGGCUGAUUUCGAUUAUCCUUUGCCAAGUCUGAAAUUUCAUUCUAUUAAUUCCAUGGGAUCAAGUAUGGAAAAUUAUAAUUAUGUGUCAAGCAUCUCUUGUGGAAGAAAUCAUUGCCUUUUGUUGACUACUUCCGGGUUCUGCUACGCUUUUGGGAGUGGUAAGAACGGAAGGCUCGGUCUCGGUGAUACAGACGAUAAGGAGGAGCCUACAAUGCUGUAUGAUUUGCUCGAUUUUACAGUUGAAUCUAUUCAUACUACUGAUGAUUGCUCCCUGGCAUGCUGCAAGAUUCGGAAUGAAAUUCCCAUUCCUAUCACUCAUACCUUGGACACUGGAGAAAUGGUUACUACAGUGAUUGAUUCUGAGAAAAAUAUUGUCUAUUCUUGGGGCAAAGGGGAUACUGGCUGACUCGGGAAUAAUAAGACAGAUGAUGCAUUAUCACCUCAUCCUGUCAAUCUCAGUAUUGAGGAGGAAAUAACGACUUUGAUAACUGGCACAAAUCAUGUCUUCGCUCUCAACGAGCAUAGGAGCAAGAUUUAUGCCUGGGGUAAUUACUACGAUGGAGUUUUGAAUUUUAUCAAAGCAGCUAAGGGUCUCAAAGGAAACUCCCGGUUAUUCGAUUCUGCAGGAAUGUCCAUCACCACGCUCAAAUCCACUGACGAUCCGGUCUGUCAGAAAAGAAGCUCAGAAUAUGGGUAUCGCACUAGCCGUCCUGGCUUCUCGUUCAUGAACAAGGAAGGUGACAUCAAGGCCCCUCUGCAAGUCCAUGAUGAGAUGAAGAAGCAGAACCAGCUCAAUAGGAUCGAAAUCAAAACUCUUGAUGACGAAGACCUUGAAGAGAUGAAUGAUUGUGAAAUCGAAGUUGAAGCGGAAGACAUCCUUGAAGAAGAAGUCAAGAGUAAGGAAGAUGUCUUCUUUGAAAAGUUACCCGAUUCUGACUGUAAGGAUCCUAGUAAGAAACCCAAAAUCCAGGACCGGCUUGGAGACCAAACGGAAGAUAGUAUAAGCAAAUUUUGGGUUGAUGAACUUCUUCCAAAUAUGGAUAAGCUUAAGGAUACGGAUAAGGUGAGAGAUAUGGUCAUCUACCAGGUCCCUGAUAAUCUUCGGGGCAAGAUCUGGAGGAGCAUCUCAGGAAACCCAGCCUCAAUUUCUAGGGACUACUAUAAAUUCCUAUGUAUUAAAGGAAAGAGGAUCGGAGAAGUUAUUAUGAAGAAAGCAGCUAUUGAAAAAUCUGGCCAGCCCACCCACGAUACAGAGUAUAUUAGAGCUAAUAUGGAUAUCAACAUGAUGGCAAUGGUUCCUGGAGAAUCUCAUGAAGAAUCUAUAGUCAUUAUAGAGAAUGAUCUCCCUAGAACAUUCACAACAAUGAAGGAGUACAACCAGAAGACUGAGGAAGGACAGCAAAAUAUCGCAAGUUUGCGGAAGAUUCUCCGUGCUUUUACUGUAAUGAGACCUGAUGUAGGAUACGUCCAAGGCAUGUCGUAUCUAGCUGGGUUUUUAUUCCUGGACAAUACUGAGUAUGACACUUUUGUGCUAUUCCACAACCUUGUGAUAAAGUCACAGAUUUUAUCAUUUUAUAAAUUUAAUGCAGAUGAAAUUAUCCAAAGGCUGAAAUUCUUCAGGCAAGCGUUUUUAACCGAACUACCAGAAUUAUGAGAGUUCUUUGAGGAAGAGAAGAUCGACCCCAGGAGCUACAUUUACGAAUGGGUGAUGACUCUCUACACUCGUGCUUUGCCAGUCUCUGUUGCUAAAAGAGUGUGGGACUUAUACUUCAUCGAUGGGUUCCCACUCUUAUUCAGAACAGCUCUCGCAAUCCUCAAGAUCUUGAAAGACAAGAUACUAUACUCAGACAUCUCCGAGGUCAUGAAUACUCUAAAGAACACACAGAACAUCAUCACAGAUGAAGCUGAGCUAAUGAAGGUCAUCACAGAAGUUGAGUUGCCCAAAUGGGUUUAUGAAGAAUUGCAAGAUCUUCAGGUUGAGUAA